AUGGAUACGAUUACCCAAAAUCACGGGUUGAGUGGGUAAUUGUUUUGGGAACGCCGUUACGACAUCUUGUAGCUAUUUUUGUUGUGGUAUGGUAAAGAGUUGUUCUGUGACAAGUUCUAAACUUUCCAAAUCAUAGUUAUGAAGCUCUAUUUUUUCCGCAAAUUUUGUUUUAGCCUGUAUGUGAAACACAGAGAGUGGUUAGAGAGAAAACACUGUUUGGUCAUGCAUUUGCCAGCUUCUCGCCGAAAAGGUUAUGUUUUGUGCCAAAUUGCCCUCACCGACAGGAUUAUGUAGAUGUGAAAAUUUUCAGUCCAAAAUUUGCGAAACUGUGCCACAUUUCCCCACCCUUAGACUUCGAAAUCUCGAAAUAAUAACUAUGGUCAAAAUUUGUGAAAAAUUGCACCCAAAACUAAGCUUUUCAUUUGGAACACGUCCCCUUUGGGGUUUUUAAAAAUUUCCCCAUAUUUAAUCUUUGCCAUACUGCCUUGAUCACAUUUCACUCCAAAUUAUUAUACACCACUCCUUGCCAACCAAUUACUUCGAAAACAAUCCUCUAGACUACUACAAAGUGAUUACUUCUGUUUUUUCCUCCAAUCCCUUCUGUCCACCCCCAACCAUCCUCGACUCUUCUCCGUCCGCCUCCUUUCCCCUCAGGUGAUCCACGCUCAUAAGAAGAUUUAUGUUGUUCACGCAGUGUUCCUUUGUCUUCGCCUACCUGAUGGGUAAUCCAUGUGGAAGGGAGUCUCUUUUCGCUCAUUAUAACGACACAGUAACAGUCGGUUGUCAUCGAAUUCGAUUAUGAGAGUUGUUUUUUCCUUUUUUCUUUUACGAGAUUCUCUAUUUGAAUAACCUGGAUGAAAGAUAUCCGGCGAAAAAUCAAAGGUGGCUGACAUGAGGUGUUUUUGCGAAUUUAUAAUGCUUUAUGUAUAGAUGUCUAGUAUUGUACAUAACUCAUAAAAAAGUUGAUUCUUUUUGUAAAUUUUCCGCUACGUGAAAUUACAAAAUACGAACCUCCGACGUAAAAUAUGUGAUGCCGAUUUUUUAGCAAAAUGACAAGGUUACAACAUGUCCUGCGGCUAUCAGCAAUCAUUUUGCCCGUCCUUUUGGCUCAACAAUUCCAUAUCAGCGGCCCUGGAAAUGCCGGAAAUCUAGAUCCCUGCAAAUACUUCGAAAAUGUCACAGGUAAAAAAAUGGACAAUUGAUGGUCAUUCUUCAUAAAAAUGCGUUUUAAAAAGCGAAAUAUUGCUUGGAAUUUUUUUUUGUGGCAAAUAAAUUUGUCCAAAAAAUGGAACAACGACAAAACAGAAGUAAACUAUGAGAAAGGUAUUUUCAGAUGUCCAACAGCUGAAUCAUCAUGAAUUUGUGGCCUUCGAGCAAUGUUUAUACUAUUUCUUGGCCAACAAAGCUCAACAAAACUCGGCCAAGUUUGGAUCAGUCCAUCCGAUCGCAACUCUUCCCCCUGUUUAUGGAAAUACAGACCAGAAAAAUGUAAAGGUCAAGAUUGGGCAGAUCACUCUUCAACACUUCCAGUUGGUAAGUUGAUUUUAGAAAAGGCUUCAUAAGUGAUCACUGAAACCUUUUCGAAACUCAAAAGUUCAUUGAAACUGUUUCCAGUAAUAAAAUACGCCUUGGUUUCAAAAAGUAUGUAAAGAACUCAAAAGAAAUCUAUGAGCAGUUGUGAGGGGCUUUGAGUGUUUCUACUUGACCAUAAAAUUAUAAUCAAAAUAAUCAUAACAAAAAAGAAAAUCAAUGAAAAAGUUGGUUUAGAACGAAUUUAUCAAAGACUUGAACAUCAUGGGUUACAUGGAAAUGCAAUGGGACGAUCAGAGACUUGCCUGGGAUCAGUCUCAAUGGAAAUUGGAGAAGCUUCAAAUUCACUCAGCCAAUCACAUCUGGAUUCCCGUCCUCUCAAGCCAGGCCUACGAAACAUCGUUGAGAAAUGAUGACGUCAUGGAAGUUAGGAAGUUGGAAACCUCGAACAAAGGAAAUGUCUCGGCUGUGAUCAGCUUCUCGCUGAAGACGUUCUGUGAUGACACGGAUUUCAGACAUUUCCCUGAUGAUGUUUACAAGUGCUGCUUCCAGUUGGAACCUCAUUUUAACCAGGUGAGAAAAUGGUCGACAAAAAAUUAUUAUUAUUUCGAAUGAAAUGCCUGGGUGCGAUACUUAGAAUUAGAUUUGUCUGGAGAUUUUGCCCAGAGGGUCAAAACUACCCGUUUCCUUGCUAUAAACGUUCCGAUAACCUUCGCUUUUCAGGACCUUAUCGAGUUCGCCACCGACGGCCUCCCCGUUUUCACCGACCCAAAAUAUUUCCGCGACUAUGGCUGGAGCAUGUCGGGUACCAUUCCCUCCGUGAACCCUGACCCGAACAUUGUGGCCCAGCUCAACUUCUGCAUCAAUCUUCAACGUUCUAGCUCUGCUGUGAAGAUCGAAUUGAGUGUUCCGACUUGGGUCACAGCCAUUCUCUUUUUAUUCUCGCCAUUCUUGGGGUCCAUCAAGACACAGCUGUAUGUGAAGUUGUUUGUGAUGCUCCUCCAGGUUGUUAUUCUUCAACUGUUCAGCAACAGAAUCGCUCCUCAUUUGGGAUCGGCUUCAGCAACCCCGGUUAUUAGUGAGUUUUUUUCUAUUUUACUAAAGAGACUUGGAUUUAUUCGUAUUUUACAAAAAAUAAAAUUUUCUUUGCUUUCAGUGGCUCUUCAUGAGUUCUGCAUGGUCAUGAACACUUUGAGUAUCAUUGCUUCGAUCCUCUUUUUGAUGCAGACAAGAAUUCGAAGAAAUCUCCCGCCUUGGGGAUGGCUGAUCAAGUAAGGAAAAUACAGUUUCUCUAGUAGUCAAAUAUCAACAUUUGCGUCAAGAACACAAAAUUCGCAUAUAUUUUACUGGCAAUUUGUAUAUUUUGUCCCAAAAAUGAAUUUUAGCGCCUCCCAAAUCAUCAACAAAUUCGUCUGCUUCUUCAACCAAACCGCCGAAUGGGACAGUGAGGGCGUUGAGUUGGAGAAGGGCGGACUUCCCGCUCAGUCCUCCAGUAACCGAUAUCAGGCCGAUUGGCACAACGCCUUCCUGGCCCUCCAUGGAGUCACCACUCUGGCCUUAUCUCUGAUCUUCAUCUUCGGGUACCUGGUAAUCCGCUGA